CCGGGGCAGCGGGGGUGGGAACGGCAGCCGGGUUCCUGCUCUAGUGGACGGUGUCCCUGCCCACGGCAGGGCAGUUAGAAUGAGGUCUUUGAGGUCCCUUCCGACCCAAACUAUUCCGUGAUUGCUCCCGUUACCAGAACGUUGUCCUUGCCCGUUUGUCCGCUUUGGUGCAGCUCCUGCCUGGAGGGUGACCUUGGGUCCUUCCCAUUCGUGCGCCCAGCCAUGGACCGAGCGGGCUCUUCAGGGCCACCGCGCCCCAUUUCCCUCAGCGGGAGCCGGGGCCAAGGCGGGCUGGAUCCACGGCCUCGGCUUUCCCGUUGUUUUAAGAGCAUCCUGUGUCGCCUGCUCCAUCGAUGGCCCGGCGUAAAUGGCGAUGUGGGCAGAAGCGGGGCUGUCAGAGGCCCCCCAGCAUCCCUUAUCCUUGGGAUAUCCUUGGGCCCUGGGAGCCCCUGGGAGCCCGGGGGUCGCCGGGUCCCCGCGCUCCUGUGGUGGCAGUGCCUGGCUGAGGGAAGGCUGUGUAAGCAACCUAUGUCCACUUGUCAAGGGCCCGAAAUCGCCGGGUGCUUUCCCACAGGUAGGAUCACGAGAAACAACCUUGCUUCAGGCACCAGCAGAAUGAGGUGGAUGGAGGUCACGACAGAGCGUCCCGGUCAUCACGCCUCUGCGGCAGAGACGCUGCCGAGUCCUGUGCCUUUGGUCCGUGGUGUCCCAAGCUCUGGGACAGAGCCACCAUGGUUCCUCUCCAUCUACUGGUCACUUUGGAAGCUGUUCUGUAAAUGGCAAUUUGCUUUGAAGAAACACUGCUUUCAGUUGCUGUUUAAAAAUCUUUUUGGCAAUUCUCCACCGUCAGAGUCCCCAGGUGGUGCUGAGUUUCUGAGAGGUGGUUCUUCUCCAGCAACUUACUUGACAGUGUGGCUGGAUGACUCUUCCUCACCUCUUAGCCAAGGUGAAUGACUGGAGCAGCACAGUGCAGUGCUUGGUGCAGUGCUGCCAGACCAAGAAGCAAUCUCAGGGUGCUGCAGCACCCCGUUUGUGCACCUGCUGCUGUGUGCCUGGGUAGCUUUUUUAUGUUUUGAGCUCUCAUGGACAUGGGUUCUUCAUCUCCAGCAAGUCCAUAAGACAGCUGUGUAACUUAGAAGUAGCACACUAAUAAGUAGAAAAGGAAUUUAUGCUGGACAUUUUGAUGGGUACAAUGGCCUGUUUCCCUCAGCUCCCCAUUUUCCCCAAGGUUAUUUCCCAAGGCAGCCCUGUAUGUGUCCUGAGCCUCCAGGAGCCUCCUGCUGAUCACUUCUGUUGCUGACAAGCCUGGGAGAGAAUUGUUCUUAACUGGCCACCCAGCCUGGUGCUCUCUCCUUGGAGGCACAGCAAUGCAGCAAUGAUGGGUGUUUAAGGGAUGAAAAGCCCAGAUGAUCAUGUUUACAUCCCCAAAACUAUUAAGAUGAACAGGCUAUGGGUUCAUCCCAGCCUCUGUUCUUCUCUGCAGCCUCCCUUAGUGGGCUGCGGGAUCCCCAGCCCUGCUUGGGCAUUCACUGUGACAGCGAUGGGGCUUUACAUCUUUAUUGAACUGUAACCGCCAGUGUAAAGGGCGCUGAGAUAAAGGCUGUGUUACCUGCCCUGUGUGUCUGACGAGGCUCCAGAUUUUUAAAUAUGCUAUUUCUUUUCACCCCUUUCAAGCAAAAAUCCAGAUUUUGCCAUCCCUUCCCCAAAUACAUCCACUAUGAAAUUUAGCACAGUGUUUAGAUUUCUCUGGACCGAUUUUCAGGACAACUUGGACCUUGAUUUUUUUUCCUGUGAUGUUUCUAAAACUGGCAGAAGAAGAACGUUUUUUUAAGCCUGCAUAUGCUGCCAUGAGUAUUUUAAAAUAAAGAUUUUUUUUUUUAAUCUGUAAGCAUGUUUAAUGCUUGUAUAAGGUGCCAGAUUUUAAUUACAGUUGGCAUUUAUAAGUGUGGUGCUGGCAAUGGCAACCAUAUUGCUGAAAAAAGGCAUAAAUUUUGACACUGGCAAUAUGGGAACCCAGCAUAUGAGACUGUAAACCUCAUUGCUUCCUGUUGUAAUAUGCUGCUUUAAGGGAAGGUCUUUUAACGGUUAAUAUUUAACUAGAACACUUAAGGUUUGAUAUAAAGUUGUUCUAAUUUCAAACUAUUUAGUAAUUUAGGUUCUAUCAAAGAUCAGCUUAGGUAAUAACUUUCUAUUAAAUAGCCUUUAAAUAAGCAUGCUUAAAGUAGGGAAAAUAAGAUGCUUCAUUACAAGAAAUGAGGUUGGCAUCUACCAGGUUUUCCAUUAAGUUCCAGGUCACAGACAAAUAAAGGAAGUAUGUUAGAAAAAAAAACCUUUUUAAAAAUAAUUAGGGAGAUGUCUGUUUUGUUCACCAGAUGGAAAAUCAGUAGUUGUGGGUGGUCUGUGCUGGAUGGGGCAUCUCACAAUUGGCAGAACUAUGCCUUUAACUUUUAAAGUCCUGGGACAAAAUGUGAAAGUAAUUGACUGUUCCGAAUGCUCUCUCUCUGGAUACCUAAUGUGCUUUUAAAACUAAGAUUUGGUGAGUUUCUGACUUUUUUUUCCUACAAAUGCUCAAGCUGUUGUGUCUAGUAUUAGGCCAAUUGGGUAUAUUUUUGGUAGCUGUUUAGUGGGGCUGUUGUCUUUUGUGUUUAUGCCUGUGUGUGCCUGGACUUGCCUGCACACAACUGAAAUGCCACAGCUUUACAAUUAAUUCUCCAUUAACACAAGAUGUUCAUAAUAUUGUGGGUGUUUGCUGUGUUCAGGAUAUAUAUAACUGUUGGUUAACAUCAUUAGUUUCUUUCUUCUAGUUCAUUCAAUUUUAAGGAAUUUAAAUCUAUCCACUUGCCAACACAAUAAAGAAAACAAAGUUGCAAUCUCAUUUUCACAAAAAAGAAGAAAAUUCCUGGUUUAAAAUAAUUCAGGCAUUUGCAAAAGUAUUAAAAAUCCAUAGUGUUCUUUUUUUUUAUGUGAAUAAAUAAAUCCAAAUGUGCAUGUGUGGACAGUAUGUGUAAGAUAUGCAUAUUAAAUACUGUCAUUUAUGAACAUAUUAGAAUCUUCUUGGUGCAGUUUGUAACUUUGCUUGCUGUUUCAGGACUCAUACUUUAUAAUUUCAGAUUAAUUUGAGAAAACAGUAUUUUGAAUGUGGAAGAUGGGUUAGAAAAUCCUUGUAUUCACAUUAAGAAUAACAGAUUUUAUUAUCUGCAGUGCCAUAAGAAUGUAUUCUGUUCAGUGGUGACCUCUCAAAGAAUGAGACAGAACCCAUUUAUGUCACAGGAGGCAAUUGCUUUAUAUUUACCUUACUUUACAGACAAUUUUUUGCAGUUAUCUAUAUGAACGGUCACAGGGAAUUGUAUGUGUGUGUUAUAUCUAUAUUGUAGCUUGUGUUAAACCAAUCCCCACACUUAUUAUGUAGAAGCAUUCUUGAAGAUAAGUGAGGCACUCAACUUAGUGCCUUCUUUGUAAAAUCCCUUUUGCUAUGCAUGACAUGUACUCUGUAUUUUUUUCCUUGCAGUAAAUUAAAAGCUUUUUUCUUUCCAUGAAUCUCCUUCCAAGAAAACACAUACAGCCUAAUAACA